AGUCGCACUGACACCGAGCGGGGCCACAGGGAGCUGAGCCGAGCGCCGCGCGGAGCCAGGGGACUGACUCUCGGUGUGUGCAGGGCACGGGACCCCGGGGAUGGGGUCUUCCCUUAGGGCCUGAGCCCGCCCGCCGCCCCGCCCCUGCUGCCCGGUUCCCGCCCGCCGUCGCCUUUCUGGGACCGCGGGGCACUAGCUGAGGAGGAAGCAUGCUGGCCGUCCACUGCGCGCUGCUGGCCGCCCUGCUCGCCGCGCCGGGGGCGGCGCUGGCCCAACCGGACUGCCCUGCGCUUGAGGUGGCAAGUGAUGUGGUGACCAGCCUGCCGGGGAUCAGCGUUACCCUGACCUGCCCAGGGGGAGAACCGGAAGACAAUGCCACCGUUCACUGGGUGCUCAGGAAUCCCGUCGUGGGCUCACACAACAACACAUGGGCUGGUGUGGGAAGGAGGCUGCUGCUGAGGUCGGUGCAGCUCAGUGACUCUGGAAACUACACGUGCUACCAGGCCGGCCACCCCGCGGGGUCUGUGCACUUGCUGGUGGAUGUUCCUCCCGAGGAGCCCCAGGUCUCAUGCUUGCGGAGGAGCCCCCUCAGCAGAGUUGUUUGUGACUGGCGUCCUCGGAGCCCCCCCUCCCCGACGACCAAGGCUGUGUUGCUGGUGAAGAAGUUUUACUACAGUCCGGUGGAAGAAUUCCUGGUGCCGUGCCAGUAUUCUCAAGAGUCCCAGAAGUUCUCCUGCCAGUUGAAAGUCCCGGAGGGAGACAACUCCUUCCACAUAGUGUCCCUGUGCGUCGCCAGCAGUGUUGGGAGCAAGUCCAGCCGCGCCCACACGUUUGAGGGUUAUGGCGUCUUGCAGCCCGACCCACCUGCCAACAUCACAGUUAAGGCUGUGGCCGGACGCCCCCGCUGGCUCAAUGUCACCUGGCGAGACCCCUACUCCUGGAACACAUCUUUCUACAGGCUGCGGUUUGAGCUCCGAUACCGGGCGGAACGGUCAAAGACAUUCACAACACGCAUGAUGAAGGAUUUGCAGUAUCAGUGUGUCAUCCACGAUGCCUGGAUCGGCAUGAAUCACGUGGUGCAGCUUCGGGCCCAGGAGGAGUUUCAGCAAGGAUCGUGGAGCCAGUGGAGCCCCGAGGUCAAAGGCAUCCCUUGGAUAGAAUCCAGCAGUCCUCCGGCACAGGCCAAGGUGUCCACCUGCACGCAGGCACCUACUAUUACUAACGAGGAAGAUAAUAUUCUCCCCGGAGACUCGGCAAAUGCAACAAGCCUCCCAGUGCAAGAUUCUUCUUCGGCACCACUGCCCACGUUCCUGGUGGCUGGAGGAAGCCUGGCCUUCGGGACGCUCCUCUGCAUUGGCAUUGUCCUGAGAUGAAUGCACACACCAUGACACACAGAGCACCUACUGUGAGGCCAAGCCCUGUUUUAGGUGCUGUCAGAGACAAGGGUGGACAGGAUAGAUACAGUCUCAGGAGGAAGCCAGACACGAAGAGGUAAUUACUGGUGUGGUGAGAGCUACAAAAAGAGCAUCCCAUGGUAAGGCAAACUGACGUAGCACUAAGGAGGAGGAGAAAGAAGAGGGUUGUAGGAGAGAAGCCUAGUAUGUAACAUGGUUGAGGGUGCAUGCGUGCAUGCGUGUGUGUGCGCAUGUGCAUGUGUGCAUGUGUAGCAGUGUGGGGGAGGCCUGGGGCAGGAAAUAGUGGAGAGGUAGGUUGGAGCCAGGUCAUGGGAGGUUUUGAAAGAGCCUGGAGGGGUUUUAGGCCUUCUCUUGAGUAUAAAGAGUGCCUGUCGGAGGGUUCUGGGAAGAACCUGGUCAGGUGUGCAGUUUUAAAAGAUCCCUCUCCGUGCAGUUUGGAGACCAGAUGGAAGAGCUAAAAUGGACGUGGCAGCCCAGCGUCUGGGCAAGGGACCACAGGAGCCUGUUCCAGAGCGGUGGUGAUGGGCUGGAGAGCCAUGAAGGAUUGAAGGUGUAUUUUAGAAGUAGAACUGACAGCAUUUGAUGACAGAUUAAAUGAGGAGGAUGGAGACGGAGGAGUCAGGGUGAUCCUCAAGUUUCUGGCUUCAGCACCCGGGCGAUGGUGGUGUCAUUCACUGAGAGCGGAAACACCAGGGAGAAUACAGGUCUGCGUGAAGAACACCACUGUACUUCGGGACCUGCUGAGCUUGAGGUGCCUGUGAGAAUGUCAAGUGGGCAUGUUUGGUAGACAAUUCAGGUUGUCACCAGCACGUAGAUAGUAAUUAGAGCCACGGGAGAGGAUAGGGAUAGGGCUGGUGACAGGGCCCUGCAGAAACCCAACAUUGGAAAGUUGUGUGGAGGAGGAGUGGCCUGCGGGGCUGGAGAAGGACCAGGGGACCCUGGUGUUGUGACAACCAGAGGGAAGCGUAUGCGUGAGACACUGAACUAACACCGUAGGCUCUGGGAUCGGAAAAUGAACAUGACCUUUCCUCCCUUCCAAGGGCCACAUACUAGAAUGAUUAAAGUACCAUGUGAGAAGCCCCACAACAGAGGUAUGUAUAUACACAGUUAAAUCUAAGGUGGCUGGCAAGACCUCCUUGGGAAUAUGCAUGUCUCAGUCCACGUAGAAUUAAAUGAGUGACCUUUGAAUGUUCUGUCCUAGUGCUCCCUUCCAGCCGUGGUUAGGAAAUACUCUUUCAGGCUGAGUUGGUGCCCUGGCCACUGUCUCACUGUGCCCAUUUCAUCUUCAUCUCCCGCUCUCCAUUUGGUCAUUGGUUUUGUUGUUCAUUCUCAAGCUUGCAGAAGAGUCAGUCAGCUGUGUUCCCAAGGAGCAGGCAAUAAUGAAACUUUCAAGUGUUCACGAUUUUACUGCAGGAACUUGCAAUUUUGCAGAAGCUGAAGCCCUAAAAGAAGUCAGCCUGGGCCCUUUGGGCAGUGGGUUAUCCUGAUGAUAACACAAGUGGAGGAGAAACUGCACUCUGUCCUUCCUUUCUUCUUACCUGUGUGUGACUUUCAAGAGACUCCUGCUGGUGAUUGUGGGAGUUGGUCUUUGAGGGUCUUUGGGAAGGAGGAGUAAGACCUUGGCCUCGUGGCAGACAGCUUACUGCACGUUACCUCAUUGGAUCCUUCCAGUGGCCCUCGUUAGCUUGACUACCAGUGGUGGUUGGAGUUGGAAGAUUAGCAAGAUGGCAAUUCAAAUUGGGUUCAGGAUUGUUCUCACUUUGGUUUUGCAAUAAAGUAGUGAACAAGCCAUCCAAAGAGUAUGCUGAAGAUAAGAUUCCUAAUGAGUGAAGGUAGCUCCAUGGACGAAGCAAAACCUUUUGGCCAGAGAGGGGCCAUGUCGGCAUUCAGGGGCCUACGCUUUGCCUGCUAACCCUAUUUCUACAGUAUUAGGGCUUCAACAUGGCUUUCUCAUAAUCCACCAUAGACCCUGUAGAGUAGAUAUGAUUUCUGUUUGACAGACGAGGAAACUGAAGCUGAAGGAGGUUGAGUGAUUACAGUUAGGAAGGGUAAGGCCAAGAUUCAAACCUAAAGCUCAUGCUCUUUGGAUAGGGCCUUAGGGGACAUCUAGUCAAAUUCUUUCACUUUAUAAAUGAGAAAACAGCCCCAAGAGGUAAAAUGGCUUGCUUGCCCAAGGACAAGUGAGAGCCAGGACUGGAACACAUGCUCUGACAGUCCCUGCCCAUGGUCCUAUCCGCUGUUGGUGAGAGGUGGGCCCAGCUGGUCCUAUCAGUUCACCACUGGCCUUUAACCAGCAGUGCCAUCUUGGUGUGCUAUUAACCACUAAUUGAGAAGCAUUAGGUUGCAAACAGACCUAGUUUGCUAAUCUGCUGAUGAUGCCUGGACACUGGCUGGUUGCUAAACAACCAGAGUCCCUGCAGGCACAGACAGGGCGAGUGCCCUGCACUGAGAACGUAUUAGUAAUUUAUUUCCUAGCUGGGUGAGUUUCCAUUUUCUUCUGGAUAAGGCAAAUUUAUUUGGAAAGAGGCUGGUUAUUUCAAGUGAUGAAAAACUCCUCUACUCCCCAAAUCUCUCCUGUCAAGAAAAGAGUAUAAAUGUAGAGAUACUGUGGGGGUCUGGGAGUACUAAAGUGGCUGAACCAUGGUGCCCGCUGGGAUGGUCACAUUUACAAUAGGUAGAUUGUGACAGGCAGGUGGACAUUCAUCCUGCCAGUCGAUGAUACCAUAUUUUUACUUUGAGCACAUUUAUUUUGUGUCCCAAACACAUUUUCCUAAAUAUUUUCCCAGCAACAUUAGUGACAAUUUAUAAAAAUUUAAAUGUGCUGUUGAAAAAAGUGUGCUGUCUUGUUAAGUGGAUGUUAUAACUUACAGGGGCCAAUCCUUCCCACCCUAUUCCUGCCCCCCACCAAUUCUAUUUUAUGCUAUCAGGCAGUGGGAAAAUAGGAUUCUCCUAGCAGAGAAUUAUUUUUCUACAAAUGUAUCUAGCAUAUGCAUAUUUAUCAUUAAGUGAGGACUUCCUAUGUAUAUGCUUAUGAUUUAAAAAUCAUUGUGUAUUCAAUGUAGUGUCUCAUUCCAAUAUUUUAAAACCGGAGAUUCUUCUACCUCCACAGCAGGGGCAAAGGGGCUUUCAUGGUGUCCUGGGCCAUGGAAGUGGCUGGCUGCCGGGGGUACUCUGUGGCCUUUGGGGAGGAGACUCACAUUUUUUAAAAAGAGUGAGCGGUUACGAGUAUUUUAAAAAGCUUCUUUUAGCUACGUAACUUUUUCUUUAAACAAAAAUGUUUGAAGCCCAAAUAUGUAAAACAGAUAAAAGGCGGAGGUCAAGGUGCAAAUGAAGUCCAUAGCUCAGCUGUUUCUUCCUUCUACCUGCCCCGUGUCCUCUCCUGCCCCCGGCCCUGCUCACACUCACCCACACCGGGAGUGGCCACCCCAGGCUGGCUGGUUUCAAAGGCCCUUUUGAGCUUAGUGAUUUUCAGAAUGGGUUUCAUUCUCUCUUCAAAAUAUUUCAAAAAGAAAGCUCUGGUUACCCAUCCAGUUGCUCUGACAAAACUGAGGACGGUGAUUGCUUUCAUUUUGGUUAAAUAAGGUCAACAGGGACUUAAAAAAAAAACCCAUAUAUAUAGUGUGUGUAUAUAUAUGAUAUAUGAUUAUUACGGGUGAUUUGCUAAAUACUGACAGAAAGAAGAAAAAAUCGUAUGUUAUCCAAAGUUAUCUACUAUUAAUUUUAAAAAUGUGCAUGUGAUCGAAGUCUAACACACACACACACACAGCAGAGUGCACGUGCCAGGCAUAUAGAGCGCCAUGAAUUUCCACAAAGUGAACAACCCUUGCAGACCAAGGAUACUUACUGUUUAAAUGCAUUUCCUCUGAGUCUUUUUCCUCUGCCUAGUUUCUUGUUUGUACAUAGCCAUGAUUAUUCUGUCUCUACAAUUCCGAAUUCUACCUUUUAAAUUUAGCACUAUAACAUAAGUAUUUUUCACAUUAUUACAAAUUCUUUGUAAAUUUCACUUUCAUUCACUUCAGACUCCUGUAUUAGGUGGAUAUAACAAGCCAACGUUGGGUAUUUGGCUGUUGUUUUGCCUUUAUAAACAACACUGUGUUGAACAUCUUUGUGCAUAAAGCUUUUCCCAUAACUAUGUUAUUUCUUUAGGGCAUACUCCCAGAAGUGGAAUUCCUAGGUCAGAGGGUCUGAAUACUUUGGCAUCCAGGGUGCAAUGACUCUCUCCCCAGUCCUCUCACAGGGGAGGAGAAUUCCACUCAAGGACUCCGCAGAGCUCCAGUAAGCACCCCUGCUGGGCUCUCUUCCUACUGGUGUCUGAAUGGUGCAGCUCUAAAGUAACAUUCUGCAGAUUUGUUUAUCCCAUUUUUUUAUGACCCAAAGGUCCAGCAGAAUGUUUAUUCCAUUUGAAUACCAGGCUGAAAGCCAAUGGCGGAUUUGGGGCCGACUAUUAAUUAUUUAUCAUAACAAGGACAGGAAUAGCCUGUCAAUAUGAAAAGGAACCCAAGGAAAAUCCCCCAGAUCGUGUUUUUAACAUCGGUUUCCCCUCCUCCCUCACAGCCCUUCCUGGCGUAACUGGAGGUGAGGGGGCCUCCUUGCUCCCACUUUGGGUUUGUUGGAGGCAGUAAGUCGGCCUGGAAGUGGGAAGCAAGAGCCAGGAGGUGAGGCUGGGCCCUGGCUGCCCCGCACCAUGCAGGGCCCUUCAGGAAGGGGACCGGAUGGUACCUUUGAAGAUGCAUAUCACCGGCUCAUCUUUCUUUGAGCUGUCAAGUGAUUUUUCUCGGUUCCUGAGCCCUGGCUUUGGGCCCAGAGUAGAGCACUGUGAAGAAGCUGUGAUCAGAGAGAUGUCUAUCUCCUUCCUGUGUAACAUUGGCUUUCCUGUCAGAUGAGUCAACUUGUGCCCAGUGGUGCCCACGGUUGAGUCUGCGAGGACUCACCAGCAGGGUGGGAGCAGACCCAGGGGCCUAGGGAGAGCUGGGGAGGACGGGAAUACAAGAGGAACAGGAGGGCUGUGGGGUGAGCUGCCCUUUCCCUGCUAUUAAACGGCAGUUGCAAAUUAUCUGCCUCCUGCCAGCCUUAAUCUGCCGAGAGGCUCAUUUUCCUUCCCCACUAGAAGAAUACUUUCUUCUUUCUCUUUUUUAAGUAAAUGGAUUUGGGACUCAUGAUGUGUACCUAAUGGGCAGCCUCUGCAACAGGACAAAUUAAGGGGUGGUCAAGUGAGCUUUUGGUGCUAUGAAGGGACACUCGUGGCCAUGCAUACCUCAGUUUCCUCACUUGUGAAGUGGACCAACAGUACGUACCUAUUUUCUUGGAGGGGGGCGCGGUUUGAAACUCACCAACUCUCCAGAGUAGUGUGAAAUCCCUGGUGAUUAAAAAAAAAAAAAGCUGAUGGGCUAGUUCUCACUCCUUUGAACUGAAACCUGGGAGCUCCAGGCCACCAGGCAGCCAGCUGUUGGUGUUUUUCACUGUGGGUUCAUCACAGGGAGAACUAAACAUCUGUGUGGUUUGUCUUUGUGUGAAGGCUCAAGAAGACGUUGCAGCUGCAGGCUCUGAAAGAAGGCAAGACGAGCAUGCACCCCCAGUACUCUUUGGGGCAGCUGGUCCCCGAGAGG